AUGUCGCUCGAUGUUGCUAUUCAGUCGGUCGCGUUCUACAUCCUAUCUUGCAGCACAUGUUCAAAGAUCAGCCACAGGAGGAAAGCCAAGGUACAGGCGAAGAAAGAGAGGGCGGAGAAGCAAGCGCUAGAAACGGAACAGCCGGGGCUAUACAGACAUCCGUCACCAUUUUCUACGAAUCCAUACUGGACGGAGGAGAUAAUGAUGGGGCCAGGGCUGCCGAAGAAGAAAGGAGGGGACAAAAAUGCAUGCAAGAACUCAAGUCAGAGGGCUUUAAAUACGGCAGGUCAAGGGAGCAGUUAUGCUGGAAGUACGGGAAUGAGUACAGAGGCGCCGAGUAGUCCUACGGCGGCAACGGAAGGUUCUCGUUUGUCCGGAGAGGGGUGGAAUAGGAAGAGGUAUCAGAGAGAGGACGAGGCGUUAUGGGGGAUUGAUUUUCAAGGCUCGGGCCAGAAGAUAAAGGAAGCUAUUGCCAAAGCCGGAGAAUCAGCGAAUCGAUUUGUUGGUGGACGAUUGAACAAGAGUGGAUCAAUAAAGGAGGACUCGGAAUUUGAAGAGGACUCUGCGCCUUAUUAUAUCACUUCGAGGAAUCCGCCAGUCAACGACUUACAUCCACCUGUGGUGAGCACGCAGCCACUGAGUAAAGACGAGACAAGGUGGAUGUUACAACCACCUCCUUCUGCGAAAGUCAUGGAAGGCAAGGUUAGAGUCAACAGUGGUCGAAGUAGGACCAACAGUGACGGAAGCACAAUCAAAAACACACUUAGUCGUCAAAUCACCGACAAGACACUGGAUUCAAAAUCCCAACGCGCAGACACCCCUUCAUCAAGAGGUACAUCCCGAGGCACCUCCCGCGCCGAAUCCCGCAAGAAAACCAAAGUCUCCCGUCCAAGAAUUCAACGUCACGACAGUAUGGACAGCAUCUCCUCGCCCUCCUCCUCACCCACGCCCCGGAAGAAGAAACCAACACCCCUCUCCAUCCCUCGUCCAGUCACCCAGGAUUUCGCCGAGCAUAUACCCGUACCAGCACCCGUCGCGACAACUGAAAUGCGCGAACGGAAUGCCAGACCACUGCUUACUACGAUUGUUAGUUCGAGUAUGGUGGUGCCGAAGGUGCAGAAUGAGAGUGGAGAUGAGAAUCUUUCUUUGAGAGAAUUUUCGCAAAUGGAGAGUGCGAAGGAGAGGACGUCGUCGCCCAGUCUGAGGGUCGACAUUGGGGAGAAGAGGGGAAGGGAGAUGACGGGUCUUUCGGGGUCGUCGGGGAAUGUUGUUGUGCAGUGA